AGACGUUUUGUGCAGAUAAAGGCUGUAAUGAAUUAUGCACGAGUUAGUCCGACUCUCCGCUACUGGUGAACUGAAAUUACUUCUUUCUUUUUGGAAAGUGCGAGACUGCAGGUGGACAAAGCGGCGGCCUUCGUGUGGGGCAGUCUCUUCAAUGGGAAGCAGCCGGGGCUCCGCUCCCAAUCUCUGGGAGAAGGAAAGCGGCGAGACAGCUGCUCCUGCUCUGGUUGGUUAUGUGUCGAAUAUCCAGAGUGACGGCUCCCAGUUCCCGUUUAUUAACUACUUCAUUUUUCUUUAGUGAGAUGUCAUUAAAAUGUGGAUUUUGCAAGCAAACUAAGGAGGAAGUAUUCUGUGGAGAACUACUCCUUUCUCGGGAUCGUCAACUGGUAGUUCAUCGCAAAUGUCUGCUAUUUUCUUCUGUACCUAAGGAAUCCAAAAGGUCCAAGAAUGAAAACCUUUGUGGCUGUUCACUGCCUGCUAUUAAAAGGAAAUUGCAGAAAGUCACUAAAAUGAAAUGCAGUCAUUGUCAUCAGACUGGAGCUUCUGUGAAAUGUGCUCUAAGAUACUGUAGGAAACUCUAUCACUACCCCUGCGUAAGGAGUGAUAAUGGUGUAAUCAAUGAAAAUGAAAUCCAUGAAAUUUACAGGAUUUGGUGUCGGAGACACAAAAUUGAAGGUCAAGACAGCUCUGCCGGAAUGGCUGAAGGCGUUCAGGACACUGCACAAACUAAAGAAAAUGAGCUGGAAACACAAAGAAAGGCUACCUGUAGCCAAUGGAAAGACUUUCAGAGAUACUCUAUUUGCAAUCGGAAAGAAGCUGAUAUAGACUGUGAAGUUAAGGGCUGCUUGACAACUUAUCGCUUGCAGUAUGCAGCUUCUGACGGCGUAAAGUUCGUUAAAAACAUUGACAAAGGAGUUGACAGGUUAUAUUGCAAAAACCAUCGAGAUGAUGAGGAGGAUAGAAAUAACAAGAAAGCCCAUGGAUCACCUUCUGAUGGCUGCUGCAGGAGUAGUAGUGAUGAAGACGAGAAUUCUAAUCAUAUGGAAGAAAACUUAAGUGGAAGAGUCAGAAAAUGCCAGAAACAUCCUUCCUAUUUACUUGGUGAUGGAACUUUGAAGGAUUCCAGUGUACCAAAAGCAGCUUUUCAGGACCUUGGCUCUUUUAGAAAAGCGAAAUCAUUUUGGACUCGAGUACAAGCCACUGGAAGUGUUAAUGGUGUCUUUGAGCAAAUCAAUGAUGUUUUAAACUGCCUGAAACAGAAAAUCACAGAUGGUUCAGCAAACGAUCAAGAAUAUUUGAAGGCUUUUAUUUUGCUCAACAAAGCAGGAAUCCAGAACUCCUCACUUGCAUUUGAUACACCAGAAAAUGAAGAGAAAUUUCAACAUGACAGUGAAGAGAUUUCCGAAAAUGUUGUGGCUUCUGAAGAAAUGGAAGCACAGUCCAUAUCAAACAGUUCCCUGUUUAAUCAAACAUCUGUGAUUAAAAGCCUGCCUACCUCAGCCACCUGCCGAUCCCCUAUGGAGGGACUCAUCCACCCUAGCCUUCCUGAUCAGUUGACUUUCCAGCAGCACAGGUGCAGUGGGUUGUGUAUCGCAAAAGUGACACCUCCAACUCCUGAUCAUUUCAAAGGGGAAAAUCCACUGAGAAUUCCUAUACUCUGCCAGUUUCAAAGACGACAUGGAAAAUUACAUUGGAAUACUGAGGUCUUGGAGCCUCCCCAUGUUUCUUACAAAGCUCCAUGUGGGAGAGGUUUGCGGAAUUUCAAGGAAGUGCGUGAUUACAUUUUUGAAACUCAGUGUGACUUUCUGCUAUUGGACUUUUUCUCUUUCAACACAUACGUGCAGCUUUCAAGGACAGUUCCUUGCAAGAACCCAGUUAUUUAUGAAGCCGACAUAAGCCAUGGCAUAGAACCUGUGCCAAUCCCUCUGUACAAUGCGAUUGAUGUCUCCAAACCACAAUAUUUUAAAUAUAGGAAAACACGGUUGCCUCGUGGAUAUCUUAUUAGCAGUUCAGCAGAGAUGUUCCUACAGAAAUGCAACUGCACAGAUGGCUGCAGUGACAAAUCUAGGUGUGCUUGCCAACAACUGACAGCCUGUGUCAACAAAAGGUUUAAUGGGGCCUCUGGGUACGAAUAUAAACGACUUCUGCAAUGUGUACCUUCUGGACUUUACGAAUGUAACAAAUGGUGCAAAUGUAAUGAAAGAAUGUGUGAAAACAGAGUUGUACAACAGGGCGUUAAAACUCGACUGCAGUUGUUUAAAACUAAAAAGAAAGGCUGGGGAGUUCGUUGCAUGGAUGAUGUUGAUGAAGGAACCUUUGUGUGUUGUUAUGCAGGGAGAGUACUAAAUAUUGGAGUGGAGAACCAGAGACAUGAUAAAACUGUUAAUUAUGACAUUGGUGUGGGAAGCAGCAAAACAGUAAAGCCUUCCAUCAAGGUAGAGAGAAAAGGAUCCUGUUUGGAUUCGGAUAUUGAACUAAUAGAUGCAAUGGAAGAGGCAGAAACAGAUGUGAAAGGGGAAGAAGCAACGCCUUUUAUUGAAACAUCAUCCUUAAUUCAAGAAAGAAGUAUGAAAUUAUCUAGCAGGGAGAAACCUGAAGAUAGAAAGUCCUGUUUGCAUGAUCCUGAAAUGUCAGCAAUUAAAAGGCCUAAAACAAAAACUGCUGUCCUUCAGGCUCGACGGAGAAAGCUUCUGGAGCAGGGACAGAUUUCUGUAGUGCACAGUAGUUCGGAGGAAGACAACAACGAAUCAUCAGGGCUACGAUCCAAAAAGCUCCCCAGAACACUUCUGCCGUUUUCACUGAAGGAACAUCAGACUCUGUCAGAUAAUCAACCUAUCAACAGUGACAAAGGAGUCUUGGAAAACAGAAGCAGUGCUGGUUAUGGGAGAAACUGUUCUAUUCCUUUGGGUGAAAACAUUUUUGAGAGUCGAGUGUUUUCUAAACAGGAAACAAAUAAACAGAAAAAGGAAAGAAGCAACAAAAAGGCAAAUACACAAGACAAAUUGAUUCAGGAUAACCAUCACAAAGAACUGACUUCAAAAUUACAAAGAACAUGUAAUGGUGACAAACGAGAGGAUUGCUGUUAUUUUUUGGAUGCUACAAAAGAAGGAAACAUAGGGCGAUUUAUUAAUCAUAGCUGUGAUCCAAACCUUAUGGUACAAAGUGUUUUUGUGGAUACCCAUGAUAAGAAUUUCCCCUGGGUAGCUUUUUUCACUAACAGGUACAUCAAAGCAGGAUCAGAGUUGACAUGGGACUACAGAUAUUCAACAGGAAGCAUGCCUGAAGAAGAAAUUCCAUGUCUUUGUGGAUCUGUCAAUUGCAGAAACAGUAUAGUCCAAUUUGGUGCAGGGGCGGCUGUUGACUGCUUCAAUGUCCAGUGUCGCAUUUACAGGAGCUGGGCGAAUAUGAGCGAAUGUGGGCUUUGUUUCAGGUCAGGGCAAAGCGUCAGAACUGGAAAACUAUUCAACGAUGACAGAAUCGCUGUGCAUCAGAACUGUCUGCUUUUUUCUUCAAAUCUUGUCAAUCACAAUUCCCAAGAUUUUGAUGAUUUUGGUGGAUUUCAUGUCAAAGAUAUCCAAAAAGAAAUUAAAAGAGGAAGCAAGUUGAGGUGCUCUUUUUGCAGGAAGAAGGGGGCCACUGUUGGAUGUGAAGUGAAAAGCUGCAGAAGGUCCUAUCACUAUCCAUGUGCAAUAGACGACAAGGCAGCAGUGGAGGAAAACGAAUAUCAGGGCACUUACAGAGUUUAUUGCAAAGUGCAUAAAAAAGAUAUGGAAAAUUCAUCACUCAGUGGAAGUUCUCCCAGUAAUAGUGAUAGCAAUGACUCAGAUGAUGAUGUUGAUGAUGGGGAGGAAAAUGAUCUUCCUGAAGUUUCCCAUCCCAGGAAAUCUCAGUCAGAAAUACUAGAAAAUUCCAAACGGAGGACAUGUAUCAAGAGAAAGAGGGUGACCAGUCCUGACACAGAUGAAAGUGGCGACCUGCCAACAUUUAAUGGUAUCGGUUUACAAGUCACCGAUAAAUCUAAAAAUGAAUCAAAACGAAGGAGGCUUGAAAAAGACAAUCGAACGCAAGACAAGGAGGAAUUCUCUAAUUCCAGCUCUGACCUUGGUACAGAAGAUAAGACCAGCUCUUCAAAUGCAGAAUGGUCACCCUCCUUGCUCAGUGGAAACACUCUUCAAGAUGAUCAAGUUGAAGUUCAAUUAAUUGAGGUGCGUUGGCAUAUUCCUGAGACUGUUAAUGCCAGGAAUGCACAUCCUGAUCCUCUUCCCAUUCCAGAUGAAAAUGAUCCAAAUGAUGGGAACUGCAGUGAUACAAGCACUAAUUUAGACCAACAAGAGUACCAAGAGGAAACUGAAGACAUACGGCGGGAAGUCCAAAUGCAAACUACAGAAGAGGCCCUAACCACAGGCAGAGAACCACAUAAACCAUCAGCAACAGGGCGAACAAAGGCAUUCUGGGAGAAAUGCAAGGAAGUGCGGUGCGUGGAAAAGAUCUUCAUGAAAAUCCAGAAUGAUCUGAAUUCCAUUCAGCAAAAUAUAGUUAAUGAAAAAGCGACAGAGAAAGAUUAUGACACAGCAUGGGCAGUCCUUCUGACUAUGGAUCCGUUUCAAGACUUCAUAUCAGAAUUUCAAUCUGAAAUACAUCAAAACCUGCAACAUCUUGAAGAAGAAAAAUUAUCUUUGCAAAGAAGAACAUGUCUUGUUGAGGAGAUGAGAAAUCUAGCUGGAUCACUGAAUCAGAGAUCUUACAAAGAGAAAUGAUUGCUCCAAGUUUACCACCAUCCUACCCUGUCCCAUACUGAAGCUAUAUUUGUUAUUAGAAGUUGUGAGCUUUUGUACAUUAGCAACAAGCAGUACAAUAUCAAACUGGGAAUGCAAAUUAUUGUGGGGCUUUUGCAUCGCAAGGCACAUGAGGGAGAAAUGAUAUCUACUGUUGCCCUGUGUUUUCGAGCCAGUGGUGGAAUUAGAUGUGAGGUGGUCAACUUGCCAUCCAGCAAGCUUACGUUCCUGGGGAUUUCUGCAGGCUGGUCAAGGAACUAGCCUGAAUUGGCAGGAGGCUUUUAAUCUAUGCAAAGUGGGAUUCUAUGACAUCUAUUGGACCCUGAUAUGACCUACUGGAUGGACUGUGCAUGGUGGACAUUCUACUUCAUCAAUCCUUUGUGGGCAGGACAUUCUUCUGAGCCGCACCCUCAAUUGUAGGCUCAUGAUUGAGCUUUCUACCAGCUUGGCCUCUGGUCAUCUGAUAAUACGCAGAUCCAAAGCUACAGUGGGAUGUCCAUUUAGGGCUGGUCAAAAUGGACCACCCUCUUCACCAGCUAAUCGCAUGAUAAUUGCAAUCUACUCUAAAAGAUCAGACUGAAUCACAGGGUCACAAUUAUUACAAUGCAGAAGAAAGCCAUUCGGCCCGUUGUGUCGACACUGACUCUCCUAAUGAGCAAUGAACCUAGUGCCAUUCUCCUUCUACCCCUCAUGUUAUACUCAAUGGAGCACAGAACAAUGAGAGAUGAUCUAAUUGAAACAUAAGAUUCUGAGGGGGAUUGACAGGGUAGAUGCUGAGAGGAUGUUUCCCUUGUGGGGGAAUCUAGAAGCAGGGUCACCCAUUAAAGAUGGAGAUGAGGAAGAAUUUCUUCCCUGAGGGUUGUGAAUCUUUAGAAUUCUCUAUCCCAAACUGCAAAAUCUAUUUGACAUCUCUGUAAGAUCAAGUCUAAUUCAUGGUAUGUAUUGCAGGAGGUAUUCAAAUUACUCGGUUUGGAGAGACUGCAGUGCCUCUCUCCACACCACCACUUGCUGUGACAUCCCUGCAACUACACUGUUACAAGCAGGAUUUCCUUUCUAAAAUGUUUACAUUAGCAAUUUGUGUUUAAAAUUUGAUAUAAAAGCACAACCAAAAAUCAUGACAACAAGUUAUACUGGAAGUACGUUGUAACAGAUGAUGUAUGUUUUUAUAUGGAUAGAUGUCAUUGAAUAUCUUAGUGGUGAUUUCUGUGCCAGAAAAUUUUAACCAAAACAAUGAUGUGCAAUUUAGAGAUUAAAAUGAAAAUAAUUAAAUAGCAGGCGCUCUUUA